UCUUUUAUCAUUUUCCUGUCAUACUAAUUUUGCCGCAAUUUCCUUUUUUAUUCCAUCUUCUCAUUAAUUUUCUUUUCAUUUUUUAAUGUUUUUAUAAAGUUCAUGGUUUUUGUUAUCUGCAGUUUGCUGGUCGGUGCCAAAGUAAAGAACAAAUAGACAUGGAACUUCCGAAGCUCGGGACCAUGUCUUCGAAUUAAUUAAUGUUAGAUGCCAGAAGGAUGAAAUACAGCAAAUUGACUUAUGAUAAUCAAGCAAAUUUUGAAACACCAAAAAUGUUCCGGUUCAUUAGAGAAUUGAAUAUGAUUUAUGCUGAUGAAAAAGAUGAUGAAUUUAAAGACUCAGAUUCCUUGUACGAACAUUUAAACCUACACGAUAUGCCUGUUUACAAGUCGUUCGAGUUCAUUGACAACGCCCACGAGUCGAAAGGAUUCCGAGAGAAAGAAAGAACUAGUUUUAAACUCAACAGAAACAAAAACCAGGAUCGAAUCGUCAAGAACAAAACAGAAUCUAAUCUUUUUCCGAAUCCUGACAAUCCAUUACAAGAAUCAGAAGGAAGCAGAGCUAGAAGAAAAGUUUAUCUGAAAAGAGACCUAGCAGAAGAUUUUAACAUGCCAGAAAUGGUUGCAUUUUUCCAAGACAGCAAUUAUAAUCUAUUCAAGGACAUUUUCAUGGAAUCCGAGUCAACUUCUCAUCAGGAUUCCGAGUUAGACAGUACUAAUAUUUUAUCAUCAAUGCUAGACAACGACAACGAUGAUUCCGAAAGCAGCGAUUCGACUACGGAAACCCUAGCCAGACUAUCCUGUAUAGCAAACGAAUUAGAAUUAGAGGCUCAGAACAAUGAACAACGGAUUUCGAGAAGAUUUUCGUCGAUUGAAGACGAAGAAGAUUUUGAAGACGCGGUUGAAGAUCUUUUGAUGAUUGAUCAUGAUGAUACAGUUCAUUUGAUUAAAUACGAAUAUAAAGAUCAGUCUGAAAUGUUGAUAAAUGGAAAUGAUGGAGAUUUUGAUGGAAGUGAUUCUGAUAAUUCUGAAGAUGAGCUUUUACAGAAUGGUUACAAGAGGUUAACAAUGGAUGAUGAAGAUGAUUUUGAUGGUGGAGAUGACGAUUGGAUUGAUAAUCCUGCUGAUAAGAUUUUGAGGAGCUAUCAUCAAGCUUAUAAAGAGAUUCCAAGCAAGGAACCAGCGGAAGACUCUGACCAGGUUCUUGAAACUGAUAAACCUGAAAAUUCCCGGUCACCGGAAAGGUCAAAAAGUAGGAGCCAAAGCUUAAACAGGCGGGAUCACGACGGAGACUCCAGUUCAAUCGAAGCUGAUGAUCCUCAUUCUGGGCCGAUUAGCCUCAAAUCAAGUAGCAGCACAGCCAGCGCGUAUUCUUUCGCUUUCCCAAUAAUGGUUGCAGAAUGGACUGGAAGCCCUGCAGCAAUGGUGAAUGCUGAUCGGAAACAAUGGCAGCCGACGCCAAUUGUUAACAAGAAACGAGUGCGAAGGCAAUCGCGGUGGCGAGUUCUGGCUUGCUGUAAAACCGUCAAAGAGGAGUGAAAAUUUAAAUAAUUUUUCAUUUUUCUAAUGCCUUUUAAUUAAUUAAUUAAUUAUUGUUCUUCCCCUCAUUUGGAGCGUGGAGUUUGUAGAUAUAGUGCAGAGAACUGGAGAUAUAUAUAAUUUUGCACUAAUGAGCCUUUUUUUAAUAAUAUUUUUGCAUUAAAAGGCUUUUAUAGCUUCUUCAGCCUGAUUGCUUUGUGUUGA